AACCAACAGCGCUCCCUCUGAAAAAAGAGAACAGCAACGGGAAUAAUCUCGCCUCCUUUCCUCCUCCCCCUCCCCGUCCGCGUGCGAUCGACGCGGAGGCGCCGCCCGUCCCCCUCCGCUCCGCCCCGACCCGACCCCAUGGCCUUCAUGCGCACCUCCUCCAAUGCAUCCUCUGGCAUGGGAGUUGCUCCUGAUAUCAGGGAGACAUUCCUGGAGCUUCAGAUGAAGAAGGCAUUUCGCUAUGUCAUCUUCAAAAUAGAAGAAAAGCAAAAGCAGGUUGUUGUGGAGAAGACGGGGGCUACAACUGAGAGUUAUGAUGAUUUCCUGGCUUGUCUCCCAGAAAACGACUGCAGAUAUGCCCUUUAUGAUUUUGACUUUGUUACUGGGGAGAAUGUGCAGAAAAGCAAGAUUUUCUUCAUUGCCUGGUCCCCUGACACAUCGCGCAUCCGCGCCAAGAUGCUGUACUCCACCUCCAAGGACCGCAUCAAGCAAGAGCUCGACGGGUUCCACUACGAGAUCCAGGCAACUGACCCGACCGAGGUGGAGCUCGAUGUCCUCCGCGACCGGGCGCACUAGGGCGGAUCGAUGAUCACCUGUGGGCUUCAGCCGGAUGCAAAUCCAUGCUGUCCGUGGUAAUGCUGUUGCCGCAGUGCUGUUAAUAAGACAGAUAUAUCCAGGUUUCCUGUAAAACGUAAGAGUAUCAUUCAGCUGUUAUGCAUGGCUCUAGCUGAUGAAGUGUUGUCCGAGGUCUCUCUACUCGUAUGAUGUCGGAGCCUGUAAACGCAAGAAACACCCCUGAAAAACGCAUGUGUUGUGGUAUUAAUACUGGUUUGCUAGGCUUGGAUUCUCCUGAA